CAGUCCAAGUGUCAACAGCUGAAAUUGACAGCUGCAAAUGAAUCAGUCUCAGUAGCGUUUGUUUUUAUCGUUUUUGCAAUCACUUCACCGCUGUUUACACUCUUGAAAUACCCGAUAAUAAAAUAUUAUCGCAAUGAUAGAUCCAACCGAGCAGAAAAUGCAGGUACAACGAAAACUUGAGCAGGAGCUUAAUAACCUGAACAUCUUGAAGGACAAAGUAAACAAGAGCAACCAAAUCACGACUGGAAUGGUCAAUAUUUUGUCUUCGUUUGAAGACAGAUUGGCAAAACUGGAAGCGACGAUUUUGCCGGUGUACAACGAGACGCGCAACUUGCAACGCCUGCAAGAAAACAUUGAUUAUACCAUGGUGGCACUGGACAGUGUUAUUGGCUACUACAGCGUCAGCCAGGAAGUGGAAGACGUGAUUCGAGACGGGCCAAGAUCUGCAAAUGAGGGAGAUUUCAAACUUGAGCCUUUUUUGGCCGCCAUGAAUCGGCUGCAGGUGGCAAAGGAUUAUUUCCAAAAGAACAACCCUCAGAGCGUUGAGUUGGAUAAUGUGAUCUCUUUAUUGACUGCUGGAGGUGAUGCUUUGAACCGAGAGUUUACAGACAUCCUGCACAAACACAGCAAGCACGUUUCACCCAUCGUGCUUCUGGACAUGGUUGGAACAGGGGAAGACGCGUCGCUGGAAGACAUGGCGCCCCCUUCACUGAACCAACUGCCUGACGAGGUGACAACAGAAUUGAUUCGCAUCGCAGAUUGGCUCUUUGUCAACAACAAGGAUGAAUUUAUGUUUGUCUACGCCCAAAUCCGGGCUAAAAUUUUGUUCAAGUCUCUGCAUACGCUGAAAGAACAGCAAAGGUCAUCCAGCGGAGGAAGUUUGCAGUCGUACUCGCCUUUGCCUAGACACAAGCUUCAAAACCGCCUUGCAGACACUCCUGGAAAAAAGGGGGCGAGGAAGCUGCAGGCGCUUGAGAAGGCGUCAAAAAUGUUUCAUAAGGCCUCGCAGACAUUAGGACAGUCGACUGGACUCUCUCUUGGACCGCGUCGGUCCGGAGUUAAUCUUGAAGUGAGAGAAGACGUGGUCGACGAGCAAGAAAUGGAGAAUUACCUGGUCUGCGUGAUGGCCCUGCAGAAACUGCUGCUGAGCGAGAGGGCUCUGAUGACCGGAAUCAUUCCUCUGGCACACCAUCCCAAGGUUUUUGAGGUCAUAAUGCAAGAAUCCAUGGACAUGGUAGUGCAGGACGGAGAAAACAUCGCGACCAGGGCAAAGAGGUGCAUCAGCAGGAAAGACUUCGGCGCUGUCCUCGUUGUCUAUCCAAUUCUGAAAAAUCUGCUCAACAUGCGACCCGAGUUCGAGAAAACAUUCGAGGGAUGCGAUUUGAAUGUGCGCUCCAAAUUCACCACCAUUCUCAACACCCUUCACGCCACUGGAGCCAAAGCGCUAGAGGAGUUCAUAGAAAAUGUUCACGGAGACUCCAGCUCCCAACUGCCAAGUGAUGGAACAGUGCACGAACUGACAAGCAACGUUCUCAUGUUCCUGGAGCAGCUAACUGACUACACUGAAACAAUUGGCGGCAUCCUGGCUCAAGAUCCAGCUUACAUGCACACACUUGCAGCCGCACCUGGUAGACAAGAAAAAAACAGAACCCUGCUUGGAAUUUAUAUAAAAAAAGUUCUUGCCCAGCUGAACCACACGCUGGUGAGCAAGAGCGAAGCCUACACCGAUCUUGGCCUGCGUGCCAUUUUCCGGUUGAACAACAACCAGUACGUGCUGAGCUCGUUGCAAAGGUCCGGUCUCCUCGAUCUUGUCAAGAACUCAGUGCCUGAUUUCGAGAACAACUACCACGAAAUGAUCAGCGACAAUAAAACUGCAUACGCUAAUAAUUGGUCCAGGGUUUUGAACCACAUUAACAUUGGAGAGGAGGUGCUUGCUGUGCAGAUGGGCGGAAAAAUGCGGGACAAGGAUAGAAAUACGGUCAAAGAGAAAUUCGCUGGCUUCAACAAAGACAUAGAGGAAAUGUCGAAGCAACAAAGAGGAUAUUCCAUUCCAGAUGACGAUGUGAGGCAAGCGCUGAUCGUCGACAAUAUCGAAAUGAUUCUUCCGAAAUACAAAAUGUUCUACAACAAGUACAGCCACCUGCCGUUCACCAAGAACAAGGAAAAGUACAUCAAGUACACGCCUCAGCAAGUUCAAGACAUGCUUGAAAGGUUCUUUGAUUUGGCUGCGUAGAAACACAAACAUGUCCAUGUAAGAAUUUCUAUUUAUUUAAACACUGAUACACUUGAAGUGAUAAUGGCUGUACAGACACUCUCAUCAUGUUAAAUCUUAUUGUUAAUUUAUGGCAGAAAUUUUAAGUACAUUUAGCGCUACCCUAAUAAUGUUUCAAAAUAAAAAUCACAUUAAUAUUUACCUUAGAAA